GUGCCAGUCACGCCUAGACUCGUUCGAAAAGCGAAACCAAAAUCAUUCCAUGGCGAUGUACGAAGACUGAUGCUCUUGUCGUGGACUUCUUGUGCAAAACGGGCUUCAUUGCAUACAAAACCGAGAACAGUAUAUAAAAAACAAGUUAUUUUGUAAGAAUAAUGUGAAUUAAUUCGUUGAAAGUGGUGUUAGUGUUUUCGUUACAACCAACAGUGAUUUAUACAAAGAAUAUUGUGAAGUGGUGCAAUAGUGUAAAGUAGAUCUGCCACCUGGCUCUGGAUACCAAAGGAUUGUUACAUUUGUGAGAUUAUCACUAAUCACGGUGUGCAGCCCCGCACUAUGCAAGCGCGCUCGCUCGCUAGCGUUUGAUCGAGUAGAAGUAGAUAAUUGGAAGCCCGUCCAUCCCUACCCGACAUGACUAUCCUAUGGACGGGAGGGUGCCUCCGCGGCCGACAGCGGUAGGCCACAUGCGCCCGCGCCAUGUGGCGCGUGCUGCUGGCCCUGGCGGCCGCGUGCGCCGCGCGCGCCUCGCCGGACGUGGUGCGCACCUUCUCCGACCCGGUCGCCGCGACCGGCUCGCUCUUCGACCACCUCGUCGUGGACCGCAACACGGGCCGCGUGUACGUCGGCGCCGUCAACCACAUCUACCAGCUGUCGCCCGACCUGGAGGUGGCGCAGGCGAUCGAGACGGGCCCCGUUAACGACUCCGCGCAGUGCACCUUCGACUGCCCGCCCAACUUCGUGAAGAAGCCGACGGACAACGUCAACAAGGCGCUGGUGAUCGACUACGCCACGAGCCGCCUCAUCACGUGCGGCUCGGUGCUGCAGGGGCUGUGCUCCGUGCGCAACCUCAACAACAUCUCGCACGACGUGCGCGAGGUGCGCGAGCCCGUCGUGGCCAACAACGCCAGCGCGUCCACCGUCGCCUUCAUCGCGCCCGGCCCGCCCAACCCGCCGAUGACGCAGGUCAUGUACGUGGGCGUCACCUUCACGGGCAACUCGCCCUACCGCUCCGAGGUGCCCACGGUGAGCAGCCGCUCGCUGGAGGACGACCGGCUGUUCAUGAUCGCGCGCACGGCGGUCACCACGGGCACGCGCAUGUUCGUCAACUCGCUGUCGCGGGAGCGGUACCCCAUCAACUACGUGUACGGCUUCAGCUCCGAGGGCUUCAGCUACUUCCUGACGACGCAGCUGCGCGGCGUGGGCUCCGACACGUACUACAGCAAGCUGGUGCGCGUGUGCCACGACGACGAGAACUACUACUCGUACACGGAGAUCCCCAUGUCCUGCACGGGCGAGGGCGGCGGCAACUUCGGCUACAACCUCGUGCAGGCGGCGUUCGUCGGCAAGGCCGGCUCCGUGCUAGCGGGCGAACUCGGAAUAACUGCUCAGCAAGAAGUCCUGUUCGCCGCGUUCAGUCAGAGUGAAUCUAUCAACACCAACACGCCAUCGAAUCUGUCAGCCCUCUGCGUUUACUCGCUCAAAGCGAUUCGCCGUAAAUUUAUGCAGAAUAUUAAAACGUGCUUCAGUGGGAACGGGUCGAGAGGCUUAGACUUUAUUUCGCCGUCGCACGCUUGUAUCGGAACCAAGUUGCAGUCGAUAAGCGAAGAUUUCUGUGGGUUAGAUGUGAACACGCCGCUGGGCGGAGAGCAGCCGGUGGAGGCGGUGCCGGUGGCCGUGUUCCGGAAGAGGCUGACCGCCGUGGCGGCCACCGCCACCGGGGACUACACCGUCGUGUUCGCCGGCACCUCGGAGGGCCAUCUGAAAAAGAUUGUCGUAGAAAGCGCCACUUCGGCCUUCCAGUACGGAGAUAUCGUCGUGGACGAAUCGUCGCCAGUGAAUAAAGACUUAUUCUUUGAUACUCAAUUGAUGCAUUUAUAUGUGAUGACGGAACGCAAAGUGUCCAAAGUGAAAGUUCAAGAGUGCAGCGUGUACAAGUCGUGCCAGACGUGUCUCGGAGCCAAAGACCCUUAUUGCGGGUGGUGUUCGCUCGAGAACAAGUGCAGCUUACGGUCCGACUGUCAGGAGGCAGCUAAAGAUCCCCUCUACUGGAUCUCCUACCGCAGCGGUCGGUGUACGACCAUAACCCAAGUGACGCCAAACCAGUUACAACGAACUACAGCAAGAACAUUAGAUUUACUCAUUGAAAACUUGCCUACUCUCAAUGGACAGUUUUUAUGCGCAUUUACAGCUUUAGAUCGUACUCUUAUAACUAACGCAACUAGGAAGCCCAACAGUGUGAACUGUACCACCCCGCGGACCGACACGCUCCCACCUAUCCCGGCCGGUCAGCAUCAUUUCACUGCUAAGCUCUCGGUACGCACCACUCAGGGACCUGAUUUUGUGGCAACUAAUUUUACAUUUUUCGAUUGCAACACGUACAGCUCUUGCACGCAGUGCGUCAGCUCUUCUUUUCCGUGCGACUGGUGCGUGGACGGCCACCGCUGCACGCACGACACGGCCGAGAACUGUAGGAACGACAUCCUAGUCACGGGCGUGAGCAGAAUAGGACCGAGUUAUCGCUCCGGCCCCGGUUUCUGUCCGACGAUAAACUCUACGUCCGACGGCACGAACGAAAUUCUAGUUCCAUCCGGUGUCAAAAAAGCUAUAAAAGUCAAAGUUCACAUUAUCGGUCAGUUCAUUGUGCAGACGCGAUUCGUGUGCCAGUUCAACAUAGAGGGCCGCGUGACGCACGUCAACGCUCAACUUCUCGCGGACACUAUUUAUUGCGAAGCGGUCGAGUUCACGUACACGUCUCGCGCUCCCAACAUCACCGCCUCGUUCGCUGUCAUAUGGGGAGGCUCGAAGCCGUUAGAUAAUCCGGAUAAUACGCAUAUACUUAUUUAUCGGUGUAACGAUAUGGCGGACAAUUGCGGUAUUUGUUUAGCGCUUCCCGAAAAGUUUGGUUGCGGAUGGUGUCAGGGAUCGGAUCGAUGCGAGGUUCAGGAGCAAUGCGGCGUUCCGAGCGUUUGGUUGAAUCGUACUCAGACUUGUCCCAAUCCUGAAAUCCAUUCUUUUAAACCUCAGCUAGGCCCGUGGGACGGCGGAACUAAUAUCACUAUUGAGGGUAUAAAUCUAGGUAGGAAUAUAUCGGAUAUUUACAACGGAGUCACAAUCGCGGGUAUCAAAUGUCAGCCUAUCAUCGAGUUGUACGUCAAGACGAGGCGUAUAGUGUGCACGGUCGACGGUCCGGGCGAAGAGGUGCCUCGGGACGGGCCGGUCGUAGUGCGAGUGGCCGACUAUCGCGGGGAAUCGAAACACCACUACGCUUUUGUGAAUCCGAAAAUCAACUCUAUUCAGCCCAAAUACGGACCGCAGUCGGGCGGCACUAAACUACGUAUCACGGGCGAGUAUCUGAACGCGGGAAGUAAUAUACAGGCGUUUAUCGACGAUUUGCCGUGCGCUAUUUUAUCAGUCUCUCACGAGGAAGCGGUUUGUAGAACUAGUCAUUCGUAUCAGCUCAAAAUGGGCACGCUCCGGAUGCGUUUCGAUAAUGGGAUGCGCACUUUAGAACGUGAAAAGUUCGAAUAUAUCGAGGAUCCCGUCGUCGUGUCCGUAGAAUCCGGCCCGCCGUUGCCGUCGCAGCGUAAACAGCCUAAAGGCAUUCCGUCCGGAGGGAUAAACAUCAAAGUAAUGGGGCGUAAUUUCCAUUCCAUUCAGUUUCCGCAGAUAUAUGUGUAUCACGAUAACAGACCCUAUAUAGCCCCUUGUCACAGAGUCGAUUUUCAAACCCAUCUCAUAUGCGAAUCUCCCGGGAUCGAAAGCGCCGGAUUGAGUCUGGAUCCCGACAGGCCUUUAGAGUUGGAAUACGGUUUCAACAUGGACGACGUCCAGAGCGUUCAAAAUCUCACUAGCAAGACCGGGGACGCGUUCCUUCUCUAUCCCGACCCGAUAUACGAGAAGUUCGACGAGGACGUGAAGUAUUACAAGUCUGAAUACUUGACCAUCAACGGUCAGAACUUGGACCGAGCCUGCACCGAGGGCGACGUCGAAGUUCACAUCGGCGAGAGUCUGUGCAACGUCACGUCUCUCGCGCGCCACCAGCUGACGUGUCGUCCGCCGUCGCGGGACGAGCUGCCGGACGGGGUGGACACGCCGGACGUGGUCGUCAAGGUCGGGCGCGCGCUCACGUAUAAGAUAGGUAAAUUGUCGUACUCGUCGCAGGCCGGCCUGCAAGCGGCGAUAGGGAAGCCAGUAUUGUUCGGUGUUAUAGCAAGUAUAGUAAUACUCAUUUUAGUAUUUGUCGUGUUUCUAGUUAUGUAUAGGAGAAAAUCAACGGAAAAUAUUAGAGUACUAAAGAAUAUGCAAGAGCAGAUGGAUAUUUUAGAGUUAAGGGUAGCCGCGGAAUGCAAAGAGGCAUUCGCCGAGCUGCAGACUGAAAUGACCGACCUGACGGGAGACGUGACGGGCGGCAUCCCCUUCCUCGAUUACCGCACCUAUGCCAUGAAAAUCCUCUUCCCCAACAUAGACGACCACGCAGUCCUGCAGUGGGAGCGUCCAGAGCUUAUUAGAAAAGAAAAGGGCUUGAGAAUGUUCGGGCAGCUUAUUAUGAAUAAAACAUUCCUUCUAUUAUUUAUUCGUACUUUAGAAAGCAAUAGAUAUUUUUCCAUGCGCGAUCGUGUUAAUGUAGCUUCUCUAAUUAUGGUAACUUUACAAAGUAAGAUGGAAUAUUGUACGGACGUUCUGAAGACGCUCCUGGCGGAACUCAUAGAGAAAUGCAUGGAGAGCAAGAGCCACCCCAAGCUGCUGCUGCGGCGUACGGAGAGCGUGGCCGAGAAAAUGCUGAGCGCGUGGUUCACGUUUCUGUUGUACAAAUUCCUGCGCGAGUGCGCCGGCGAGCCGCUCUAUCUGCUGUUCAGAUCUAUGAAAGGUCAAGUGGACAAAGGGCCCGUGGACGUCAUCACCUCCGAGGCGCGGUACUCUCUGAGCGAGGAGAAACUAAUUAGACAGUCGAUCGACUUCAAGCCGGUGACCGUGAGCGUUUCCAUAUCGCAACAGACCAUCUUUGUCAGCGGGCUAGAGGCGACGACGGAAAACGUGCAAGUAAAAGUUCUCGACUGUGAUACGAUUAGCCAAGUAAAAGAAAAAUGUUUGGACGCUCUCUACCGCGCCACGCCAUAUUCACAGCGGCCGAGUCGUGAUGAGUUGGAUCUGGAGUGGCGCACGGGCGCCUCCGGCCGGCUCAUUCUGUACGACGAGGACUCCACCACCAAGUGCGAAGGCGAAUGGCGCAAGCUCAACACCCUCAACCACUACCGCGUGCCCGACAGCGCCUGCCUAAGUCUGGUCGCCAAACAGAGCUCGGUGUACAACCUGUCCAAUAUGGAAAAGAACGACAAGUCGCACACUUACGAAACGCUAAACAGAGGCAAAUACGGCUCCGCCAGUCCUCCGGCUAGUCCACUCAAGUACGAGCAUGGCGGAGGCUUUAAGUACUGGCACUUGGUGAGACACCACGACGGCGACGCUCACAAGGAGGGCGAGCGCGGCAACAAGAUGGUGUCGGAGAUAUACCUCACGCGUCUGCUCGCCACCAAGGGCACGCUGCAGAAGUUCGUCGACGAUCUGUUCGAGACCAUCUUCAGCACCGCCCACCGUGGCUCCGCGCUGCCGCUCGCCAUAAAGUACAUGUUCGACUUCCUCGACGACCAGGCGCUGCAGCACGCCAUCUCCGACCCCGAGGUGGUGCACACCUGGAAGAGCAACUCGCUCCCGCUCCGCUUCUGGGUGAACCUCAUCAAGAACCCCAACUUCGUGUUCGACGUGCACAAGUCGAACACGGUCGACUCGUGCCUGUCGGUCAUCGCGCAGACGUUCAUGGACUCGUGCUCGACGUCCGACCACAUCCUGGGCAAGGACUCGCCGUCGUCCAAGCUGCUGUACGCGAAGGACAUCCCCGUGUACAAGGAGUGGGUGGAGCGCUACUACGCCGACAUCAAGCUCAUGCCGGCCAUCUCGGACCAGGACAUGAACGCCAUGCUGGCGGAGGAGUCGCGCCUGCACACGAAGGAGUUCAACACCAACUGCGCGCUGCACGAGCUGUACGCCUACGCCGUGAAGUACAACGAGCAGCUCAUGGUGACGCUGGAGGAGGACGAGUUCUCGCAGAAGCAGCGGCUCGCGUUCCGCCUGGAGCAGGUGCACGGGCUCAUGGCGCACGACUACAACGUGUGAGCGCGUGCGCUCUGUACAUAUAGUCCGCACAUAUCCAUGCCGGCAACUGUUGUAUAUAUUAGAUAGUGUACAGUCUUUAAUAUUGUAAUUUUUGUAUAAUUUCAGCGGUCCGAUGUCGUUUUUUAAUUUUAUAUAUGAACUUUGUAUUGAUUUUACACGACGAAUCCGACCGGCCGCGGUCGUGCCACAGUAUGCAUCGUAAACUAAAUUGUGUAUGUCUGUAUGUGUGCUCGCGUACGAGUUGAUGUUACGUCGAUCGGUGUAAUGUGUGUCGCAAAUGAAUUCGCAUGUGAGCCCGCCGGCGAGGGCGCGGGCGCUCGCCGCCGGGCGGAUUUUAAAUUUGUACUCGCAAUCUACUUAACGAAAUAACCGUCAGUGAUCCGGUGAACGAUUCCAUUAUUAAAUAUCGUCGAAUGUA